UGAGGUUUGGAAUGUUCAUGCUUUUUGCUCCUUCACCGAACUUCUUCUUGGUCUUCUUCCGUUCCUCUCACGUUGCGUCAAAGACGUCAUUUAUUCUUAUUUUGUACCAUUUUAUAAUAUAUGAGUAAUGUAUUUAUUUAUGUUUUUUUUCAGUUUAUAAAGUGACAGUCAAAAUUACUGAAGAAUCUCCGUUAAGUAAAGCUAAGAACCUUACAUUUCUUCUCCAUCCUAACUUUUAUUACAGUCGAAUGAUGAGAAAGCAUUCUUCUCCUCCAUCUCCUUCUUUUCCCACUUCUUCUUCUUCUUCUUCUUCUUCGUCUUCUUCUUUUUUCACUCAAUCAUGGACAUACGAUGUGUUUUUGAGUUAUAGAGGUGAAGAUACACGCAAAACUUUUAUCGACCACUUAUACACCGCUUUGGACCGUCAAGGAAUACACACUUUCAUUGACGAUGAGCUUCCAAGAGGAGAAGAAAUAUCACCUGCACUUCUGAACGCAAUCGAAGAGUCAAAGAUUUCUGUCAUUGUAUUUUCAGAAAACUAUGCAUCUUCAAGUUGGUGCUUGGAUGAACUUGUUAAGAUCCUUGAAUAUAAAAAAUCAAAGCAACAACUCGUUAUGCCAAUUUUCUACAAGGUGGAUCCCUCAGAUGUACGAAAUCAAAGAAGUAGUUUUGGUGAUGCACUUGUUGACCAUGAACACAAAUUCAAAGAUGACAUGGAGAAAGUACUCGAAUGGAGAAGAGCUCUUACAGAAGCAGCAAAUUUGUCUGGGUUGCAUUUCAAGGAGGGCGGGUACAUAAUUUCUAAUAAUUAUUGCAUGACAUAAUUCCAUUAUAAUAAUUAUUGCAUGACAUAAUUCCGUUAUUUAUAUAUAUAUAUAUAGGACAUAAUUUCUAAUAUGGACUGUUUGAUUAACAAUGAUUGGAUAGUUAGAUCCACUUUAAAUAUUGAUAUCUUGU